ACAGCCGCUUGGAAACGGCGAAGAUUUUUUUCCCCUCCGCAGCCUCCGGUCCACAGCCCCCAGACACCUGCCGGGAGCCGGCGGAAUACAUUUUUGCCAGAAGUUUCUGUAAAUAUGCUGAAACGAAAACAAAGUUCAAGAGUGGAAAGCCAGCCUAUUACAGACUUUGGUCCAGAUGAGACACUUGCAGACAAUGCAGACAUUCUAUGGAUUAAUAAACCAUGGGUACACUCCUUGCUGCGGGUAUGUGCCAUCAUCAGUGUUAUUUCAGUCUGCAUGAACACCCCGAAGACCUUCCAUUACUAUCCACCUCUUCAGUAUGUAACCUUUGCCCUGGAUACUCUGCUGAUGUUUUUAUAUACUUCUGAGAUGAUUGCAAAAAUGCACAUCCGUGGUAUAGUCAAGGGUGACAAUUCUUAUGUGAAAGACCGAUGGUGUGUGUUUGAUGGAUUCAUGGUAUUUUGUCUCUGGGUGUCUCUGGUAUUGCAGGUAUUUGAAAUUGCUCAGAUAGUUGAUCAGAUGUCACCUUUGAGCAUGCUUCGAAUCCCGAGGCCACUCAUUAUGAUUCGAGCAUUUCGAAUUUACUUUCGCUUUGAUCUUCCGCGCUCAAGGAUUACAAACAUUUUGAAGCGUUCAGGAGAACAAAUCUGGAGUGUGUCCAUUUUCCUCCUCUUCUUUCUACUAUUGUAUGGAAUUUUGGGAGUACAGAUGUUUGGAACAUUCACAUAUCAUUGCGUAACUAAUGACACUCAACCAGGAAAUGUGACCUGGAAUAAUUUGGCCAUCCCAGACACCCACUGCUCACCAGAUGGAGAAGGGUAUCAAUGCCCACGGGGAUUUAAAUGCAUGGAUCUUGAAGAUCUAGGGCUUACAAGGCAAGAGUUGGGCUACAGUGGAUUUAAUGAGAUAGGCACCAGUAUUUUCACAGUGUAUGAAGCUGCUUCACAAGAAGGCUGGGUGUUCCUCAUGUACCGAGCAAUUGACAGUUUCCCCCGUUGGCGCUCCUACUUCUAUUUUAUAACUUUAAUUUUCUUCCUUGCCUGGCUUGUUAAGAAUGUAUUCAUUGCAGUUAUCAUCGAGACUUUUGCAGAAAUACGAGUUCAGUUUCAACAGAUGUGGGGGUCAAGAAGCAGCACUACCUCAACUGCCACCACACAGAUGUUCCAUGAGGAUGCCAGUGGUGGAUGGCAGUUAGUUGCUGUAGAUGUGAACAAGCCUCAAGGCAGAGCACCUACAUGUUUGCAGAAAAUGAUGCAGUCUUCUAUAUUCCACAUGUUCAUCUUGAGCAUGGUAGCUGUUGAUGUGAUUGUUGCUGCCAGUAAUUACUACAAGGGAGAUCAUUCCAAGAGCCAGUACGACGAGUUUUAUCUGGCAGAGGUUGCUUUCACAGUUCUGUUCGAUCUGGAAGCCCUUGUGAAAAUCUGGUGUUUAGGAUUCACUGGAUACAUCAGUUCAUCUCUUCACAAAUUUGAAUCGCUCCUUGUAGUGGGGACUACUCUACACAUUUAUCCAGAUCUCUAUCAUUCCCAAUUUACCUAUUUUCAGGUGCUAAGGGUUGUUCGUCUGAUCAAAAUUUCUCCAGCUUUAGAAGACUUUGUAUACAAGAUAUUUGGACCAGGAAAGAAGCUUGGCAGUUUGGUGAUCUUCACAGCUAGCCUUUUGAUCGUAAUGUCCUCCAUUAGUUUACAGAUGUUCUGUUUUGUGGAAGAACUUGAUCGGUUUACAACCUUUCCAAGGGCUUUUAUGUCCAUGUUCCAGAUUAUUACGCAGGAAGGAUGGGUUGAUGUCAUGGAUCAAACAUUGAUUGCAGUAGGGCACGUGUGGGCGCCGGUAGUUGCCAUUUACUUUAUCCUGUACCAUCUGUUUGCAACUUUGAUCCUUUUGAGCCUGUUCGUUGCUGUCAUUUUGGACAAUCUUGAGCUGGAUGAAGAUCUAAAGAAAUUGAAACAGCUUAAGCAAAGCGAAGCAAAUGCUGAUACCAAAGAAAAACUUCCACUUCGGUUGCGCAUCUUUGAAAAAUUCCCAAACAGACCACAAAUGGUGAAAAUAUCCAAACUGCCAUCAGAUUUUUCAGUUCCCAGAAUAAGGGAAAGCUUUAUGAAGCAGUUUAUUGACCGUCAGCAGCAGGACACAAGUUGUUUGCUCCGCAGACUGCCAUCAGCCUCCUCCUCGUCAUGUGACCAUUCAAAAAGGUCCUGUAUUGAAGAUAAAUAUAUUGAUCAAAAGUUGCGAAGAUCAGUUUCCAGCAUUCGUGCCCGAAAUCUUCUUGAAAAGGAAAAUGCUCUUAAUAAAAUUCUUAGGGCUUGCACUCGCCAGCGCAUGCUGAGUGGAUCCUUUGAGGGACAACCUGCAAAAGAACGCUCCAUUUUAAGUGUACAGCACCACAUCCGUCAAGAGCGCAGGUCCCUCCGGCAUGGUUCAAGUAGCCAGAGAAUCAGCAGAGGAAAAUCAUUGGAAACAUUGACACAAGAUCACUCCAGCACGGUACGAUACAGAAAUGCACAGAGGGAGGACAGUGAAAUCAAGAUGAUCCAGGAAAAGAAGGAACAAGCUGAAAUGAAACGGAAAGUUCAAGAAGAAGAAUUACGUGAAAAUCAUCCUUACUUUGACAAACCUCUCUUUAUAGUUGGUCGGGAGCACAGAUUUAGAACCUUCUGCCGUGUGAUAGUAAGAGCCCGGUUUAAUGCCUCAAAGACUGAUCCAAUCACAGGAGCAGUUAAGAAUAUCAAGUACCAUCAACUUUAUGACUUACUUGGAAUGGUCACCUACCUGGACUGGGUGAUGAUUGUAGUUACCAUUUGCACAUGUAUUUCAAUGAUGUUUGAGACCCCUUUCACAACGGUUAUGCACACACCUACUUUGCAGAUUGCCGAGUACGUAUUUGUGAUUUUUAUGAGCUUUGAGCUUAAUCUAAAAAUUUUAGCAGAUGGACUAUUCUUCACACCUACAGCUGUCAUCAGGGAUUUUGGAGGAGUGAUGGAUAUAUUCAUUUACCUUGUAAGUUUGAUCUUUCUGUGCUGGAUGCCACACAAUGUUCCUGCGAAAUCUGGGGCUCAACUUCUGAUGAUGCUUCGGAGUCUCCGACCACUCCGCAUAUUCAAACUGGUUCCCCAGAUGAGAAAAGUUGUACGGGAACUAUUUAGUGGUUUCAAAGAAAUAUUUCUAGUUUCAAUCCUUUUGCUGACACUCAUGCUUGUUUUUGCAAGCUUUGGAGUUCAGCUUUUUGCUGGAAAACUUGCAAAGUGCAAUGAUCCACAUAUCACCAGAAGGGAAGACUGCUUUGGAAUAUUCAGGAUUAAUGUCAGUGUGUCAAAGAAUCUCAAUCUGAAGCUAAAACCAGGGGAAAAAAAGCCGGGCUUUUGGGUACCUCGUGUUUGGGCAAACCCUCGAAAUUUCAAUUUUGACAAUGUUGGAAGUGCAUUGCUGGCAUUGUUUGAAGUUCUGUCACUAAAAGGCUGGGUUGAAGUCAGAGAUGUCAUUAUUCAUCGAGUGGGGCCGAUUCAUGGGAUCUAUAUCCAUGUCUUUGUAUUUCUUGGCUGCAUGAUUGGACUGACUCUCUUUGUUGGAGUUGUUAUUGCCAAUUUCAAUGAAAAUAAGGGUACAGCCUUACUGACUGUAGACCAAAGAAGAUGGGAAGACCUGAAGAGCAGAUUAAAGAUUGCUCAACCACUUCAUCUUCCUCCCCGACCAGGCAGAGACAAUGAUGGCUUCAGAGCUAAAAUGUAUGAUAUUACCCAGCAUCCGUUCUUCAAGAGAUCCAUAGCUGUACUGGUUCUGGCCCAGUCUGUGCUGCUUUCAGUAAAGUGGGAUGUUGAUGAUCCAGUCACAGUUCCUUUAGCGACCAUGUCAGUUGUUUUCACAUUUAUUUUUGUUCUUGAGGUAACCAUGAAGAUCACUGCUAUGUCACCAGCUGGUUUUUGGCAAAGCCGACGAAAUCGUUAUGAUCUAUUGGUCACAUCACUUGCUGUUAUAUGGGUGAUACUACACUUUGCUUUACUAAAUGAAUACACAUACAUGAUGGGAGCCUGUGUAAUUGUGUUCCGAUUCUUUUCCAUUUGUGGAAAGCAUGUAACCCUGAAGAUGUUAUUGCUGACAGUGGUUGUCAGCAUGUACAAGAGUAUUUUCAUUAUUGUGGGAAUGUCCCUGCUGCUUCUCUGUUACGCCUUUGCGGGAGUUGUUCUUUUUGGAACCGUAAAAUACGGAGAGAAUAUUAACAGACAUGCAAACUUCUCCUCUGCUGGAAAAGCCAUCACAGUCCUGUUUAGAAUUGUUACGGGGGAAGACUGGAAUAAAAUUAUGCAUGACUGCAUGGUUCAGCCACCUUUCUGCUCUCAUGAUGAUGAGAAUUACUGGGAAACAGACUGUGGACACUAUGCUGGAGCUCUUAUGUACUUCUGUUCAUUUUAUGUCAUCAUUGCAUAUAUAAUGUUAAAUUUGCUUGUUGCUAUCAUAGUGGAAAACUUCUCAUUGUUUUACUCCACUGAAGAGGACCAGUUGCUGAGUUACAAUGACCUUCGGCAUUUUCAAAUUAUUUGGAAUAUGGUUGAUGACAAAAGAGAGGGAGUCAUUCCAACAUCCCGUGUGAAGUUCUUACUGCGAUUGCUCCGUGGAAGGCUGGAAGUUGACUUAGAGAAGGAUAAGCUACUUUUCAAACACAUGUGCUAUGAAAUGGAGAGGCUGCAUAAUGGUGGCGAUGUCACAUUUCAUGAUGUGCUCAGCAUGCUUUCAUACAGAUCUGUUGAUAUAAGAAAAAGCCUACAGCUGGAAGAACUACUAGCUAGAGAGCAGCUUGAAUACACUAUAGAAGAAGAGGUGGCUAAACAGACCAUACGAAUGUGGCUGAAAAAAUGUUUGAAACGCAUAAGAGCAAAACAGCAACAGUCAUGCAGCAUCAUCCACAGUUUACGAGAGAGUCAGCAACAAGAGCUGAGCAGAUUCCUUAUCCCUCCCAGCAUUGAGACAACCCAGGCCAGUGAGGAAAUGCUUGCCAGCAACCAAGAUAACGAAACUCAGCCAGAGGCAAGUAGUCAGCAACAGCUGCUUAGUCCAACCUUUUCUGACAGAGGUGGAUAUCGCCAAGACUCAACAGAUAUUGGAAAACCUCAAAGAAAAUUUGGUCAGUGGCGUCUCCCAUCAGCGCCUAAACCUAUUAGUCACUCUGUGUCAACUGUCAAUCUACGUUUUGGAGGACGUACAACCAUUAAAUCAGUUAUGUGUAAAAUGAACCCAAUGUUAGAUGCUGCCUAUUCUGGAUCAGAGGUGAAGAAAUGGUGGACUCGUCAACUAACUGUGGAAAGUGACGAAAGUGGAGACGAUCUCCUGGAUAUUUAAAGGUGAGGAGCAAAAUUCUAGGGAGAGCAAGAAUUUACCCUAUGCUUCCAAGUAUCUUUCGAUUUCAAAAUCUCUAUCUGCAGUUUCCAAACACUAUGCCUGGACUCCAAACUUAGGAAAGCACUAUCUGUUGCAGCAGCAGCAGCAAAAAAAAAUGUAUUUUGCUUAGAUCUCUCAAAAUGUGAGCUUCUGGUAACUCUGAAUUUGUAAAUGAUGUUAUCCCUAAUCUGAAUUGCACUAAGAAUAGCUAAACCCAUUACACUUAGAACCCUUAACAGAAACCAGAGAGAAAAAUUUCUAUCCAGUUUCAAAUAUGUUUGUUAAAAGUGCUCAUCCAUAGCUUCCAACAAAGGUUUGAUGUGUUUUACUGCCCUCUGGUGUGUGGUACAGAGAACUUCAAUACCUGCAAAACCAUGACUGAAUGCAAACAAUAAUAUUAAUAAUACAACUACUUCCAUUUAUAUAGCACCCUUCUCAUAAGAUAACAUCUCAGAGCACUUCACAAAGAUGGGAUUGGACAACGUAAUAAUUGGGAAUUUCCCAUUGGGAAGACGUCUGAAAGUGUUUCACAGGAUAUUACAAAUA